CCCCAGUGAAGGUAAAACAAGUCAGACAUGCAGCCCUGUGUUGUGACACUUCAGUCCCCUCUAGCCCUACUUCUCUGGGGCUGAAUUGUUUAACCCCCUCCCCUGGGGCUUUUUGAAAUGCUGCCUGGUGCUUUGCAAAUUUAAAGCCAGUUCUGGAGUUUAAGGCAGCAUAAAAAAGUGCCCUGUGAAGACGGGAGGUGCGCUCGAUUUCAUUAACAAAAUUCGGGAGCUGUUCAGAAGCAGCCGGUUCUGCACGUUCUUAAAAUCCAGAUGAACAUUGGUUUUGCUGGUGGGUUUGUGAACUGGACUCGGUGACAGGUUUCCAAAUCGAACCGGACAGCGUAGGAGAAAAUAGAUGGGAGGAAACUGUCGGGCAUCAGCAGGAGAUGAGUGAUAUUCCUCGGCUGUGUCUUGAGUUGCAAUAAAGAUUAUAGACAAAACGAGGUUAGACCCAAGCAACCUUGAGAAGAUUUAUAGAGAAGUUCAGAUAAUGAAGCUUUUGAAUCACCCUCACAUUAUCAAGCUUUAUCAGGUUAUGGAGACAAAGGACAUGCUUUAUAUUGUUACUGAAUUUGCAAAAAAUGGAGAAAUGUUUGAUCAUUUGACUUCCAAUGGGCAUUUAAGUGAAAGCGAAGCUCGGAAGAAGUUUUGGCAGAUCCUUUCAGCAGUGGAAUACUGUCACAGCCAUCACAUAGUGCACAGAGACCUCAAAACUGAGAACCUCCUCUUAGAUGCCAACAUGAACAUCAAGUUAGCAGACUUUGGGUUUGGAAACUUCUACAAAUCAGGAGAACCCCUCUCUACCUGGUGUGGAAGCCCACCUUAUGCAGCUCCAGAGGUUUUUGAAGGCAAGGAAUAUGAAGGCCCUCACCUUGAUAUCUGGAGCCUUGGUGUGGUGCUGUAUGUCCUCGUCUGUGGUUCUCUCCCUUUUGAUGGACCCAAUUUGCCAACCCUGAGACAAAGAGUGCUGGAGGGACGAUUCCGCAUCCCCUACUUCAUGUCCCAAGACUGUGAAACACUAAUUCGACGGAUGCUGGUUGUGGACCCAGCCAAACGAAUUACCAUUGCCCAGAUAAAGCAGCACAAGUGGAUGCAAGCAGACCCUUCUCUUCGGCAGCAGCAGUCUUUGUCCUUCUCCGUGCAGAACUACAACUCCAAUCUGGGGGACUAUAAUGAGCAGGUUCUUGGAAUCAUGCAGGCUCUUGGUAUCGACAAACAGAGAACAAUUGAGUCACUACAAAACAGCAGCUACAACCAUUUUGCCGCAAUUUAUUACCUUCUCUUGGAGCGCCUCAAGGAGUACCGAAGCAGCCAGGUGUCAAAUCGUCCAGUGACUGGCCGUCAGCAAAGGCCAAGGAGCUUGGAGCUCAGCAACAUUGAAAUGCCUCAGGACAGUCUUGCAAGUGAAUCCCUGAGAUCAUCUCUGCUUUACCAGCAACCUCAGAACCUGAUUCAGUCAUCCUUGCAGGGAGAAAUGGAUUGUGACAUGAACAAUCCAUUACAGCCAGUGUUCUUUCCUGUAGAUCCCAGCUUCAGUGGUUUGUUCAGGAAUCGCCCCAUCUCUCCCAACAGCCUGCUGGAAACCACCAUUAGCGAGGAAGUGAGACAGGAGAAAGACCUGGAGGAGGAGAUUAAAGCCUACAACCCCCUUCAUAUUCCCAACAACACCAGCAGGAGGCACACGCUAGCUGAAGUCACUACUCAUUUCUACCAACAUACCCCUCCAUGUAUAGUCAUUUCUUCUUCAGCAAGCCCCACAGAGGGAACAAGUUCAGACAGCUGCCUAACUUCAUCUUCAAAUGAGGGCAUGGUGGCUCUGAGCAGCUGUUUGGCAGAUCAAGUAAUGACAGGUAACCCAGCCACAGCCAGGAUGACAUCGCCAUUUCUGACUUCUCAGUCUGAUACUCCAGUGUUGCAAGCUCAGGGCUGUAUGGGAGGUGCUGCUUUGCUGCCUGUCAGCUUCCAGGAAGGAAGGAGAGCAUCUGAUACCUCAUUAACUCAAGGCUUGAAAGCAUUUAGACAGCAGUUACGGAAGAGUGCUAGAGCCAAAGGCUUCCUUGGUCUGAAUAAAAUCAAAGGCUUUGCUCGUCAGGUCUGUCAAUCUUCAUCAGCUCGGGCAGCACGAAAUGGCAUGAGCCCUUUCCAGCAUUCACAGCAGAACACCUGCAUGUACAGCAGUGGGGGAAGCAGCCGAGAGAGCAGAAGCCUUCUCGAAGAGGUGCUCCAACAGCAGAGAAUGCUUCAGUUGCAGCAUCAUCAAUUGUUCCAGCCACCUUGUCACCAGCCUGCUCAGGUGUCUGCAGUGCACUGUGUUCCCUCCUCUGACAAUUCUAGCACCUUCAAAACGUCCAAUUCCUUGUUGCUGUCAGAGCUUCAAAGAGAGAACUCCCUCGAACUGGCCUUUGGUGGCAACCAUCAGCUGCUCCAACCUCACCUCUUUGGGCUCAGUGUCUCACCAGUGUCUUCAGCUGCUCACCUUUUAGACACCCACCUGUUUAUCAGCAGCGAUGUCUCUCCAAUCGCCACAACCUUCUCUCACCCCCAGAGUUUCUCUGUGCAGUCUGCAGGUUAUGAUGCAGUCACAUUGCAGCACGCGGACUGUGAAAUGGAGGACCUCACUUCAAACCAGCUGGGGAAAUUUGUCUUGGUUAAAUGAGAGUUUCAGCUGCUACGGAGCUCACCUCUCUUUUGCAAAGGACUUUCACCAUUGUUCCAUGGCUAGCUGGCAUUGUGUGAAGGAUUGACUCUUGGAAGCAAUAAAUUUUGAAGUAUGUGAAGAAGCUGUCUCAGAAAGCUAAGAACUUUAUAGAACUGAAACAAGCAAUAUGUAUGUCUUUUGGCUUCUACUAUUCUUGCACUGAACAAAUAUGAAUAGAAACUGAAAGAAACAAAACAUUUUUUGAAGAAAAAUAAUGAUAGGGGUUAGGGUGGGACGUGUGGGGACAGGGUGGCAUGUAGCCGGGGAAGAACUCUUUGGUACUGUAUUCAAGUCAGACCAACGCAGCUUUGCUUUUAUGCAGGACAGCUGUCAGUUGUGGUGACAUAACAGGGGAGAGGCUUUUCAAAGAAGGGACCAGAGCCUUCCCUUUUCACAAUAUUUGUUUAUGGGUUUGUGAAGACGAUUACCUCUUUAAAAAAAAAUAGUGGCAUGCAACAUUAUGCAGUGAUAGGAGGGAAAAAUGGAAGCAUUGCCAUUUAUUUUUAUGUAGUUGAUGCUUAUUUUAUUUUAACAGAACCAACAACUCCUACUCCCCAAAAACACUUAUGCUUUAAAUGAAAACUGUGAAAUUUUUGCUUGAUAUAUUGGCUGGAAGAGCUAAAAAUAUUCUAAUUGUUAGCAAAGAAGCAAUUAAUCUCUUGGAAAUGUAUCCCCUGAUAUCAGGAUCCAGAUUGCAUAGUGUCUGGGGGUAUUUUUAUUGUUUGUUCUAAAUCUUUAGGAAUGUCUGUUUUUGUCUUGUGCUCUCUCUUCCCUCUUUUCUUCUCACACCCCACCUUUUUUUUUUAAAUAAUAUUUUCUCAUGUUCCUGCAAAGGCACUGGGGAUAGAAACAGUUGUAUUAGUGGGACAAAGGGGAUGGUUUUUGCUUUACCCCCUGCCUCCCACUCUCACCCCAGGGGUUGCCUUCAAAGUUGUCUGAGGGGUAUUUCUUAGUGCUGCAUAUUUUAUUUGCGCUGCUAAUUAAGUUUGUAUGCAUUUCAUUAUCAGGGUCCAAAUAGAACUGACUCUUGGGGAAAUGUGCAAUAUUGAGGUUAUAAUCCUGUACUGACAAAGACAAAAAGAAUAGGGUAGAACAGAAUUUUACUCUAAAUGAGUACAGCUAUUUCUGAACAAAACUGUAUUAAACUGAGUGAAACAGCACAGUCUUUAGGUGUGUGGGUUUUUCUUUUUUUGGUUUUAUUUUUUUGUUCUGUUUGUUUGACACAUUAGCAAAAAUGAGAUUUUUGAUUAGGUAAGUGUUUUUAUGUAUGGGUUUUAAUACUGUAUAUCUAUAUAAAUAGGAAGCAGAAAACAAUAUAUACACUACUUAUUUUUUAUAUUUUGUAAUAUGCUUAUAUUGAGUUUUCUGGUAUAAAACUCCCUCUGUGGCAGAGCAUGACUUCUGUUGGUAUCAAUGGAAGUUACACAUGGGUAUAAAGGGGAGAAUAGACCACAGCCCCUACAGGAACUUGUGGGGGUCAGGGUCAAACUUUGGUGGCAGGUGAGUAAGCAGAGAACCAGGUUGGUCAAAAGUUACUAAUUGAAUGUCAGGAAAUAGUUUAAUUCUAUCUCAGUGCUUAAAGGACCCCUCUCUUUAGUGUGACACAGGGUGCCUUCAAGUUAUCUUGGCUUCUUGCAACCUGCAGUAUUACACAUUUAAAAAAAAAAAUCUAUUUUUUUUUAAAAAAGCCAAAGAUUGACCAGGUUAAUUGGUGGGAGGGAAAGGGUUAAACAUGUCAUGUAGCUCCAUGUCUGUGGCUUUUCAUAAAUAAUCUUUUUAUCUGUGUGUCCGUAUGGAUGUAUCUCUAGCUUGCCACUGCUGCUGUGUGCUGGGGAAACUUCGAGGUGAGGGGGUUGGGUCUCCAAAUGGCGGUUACUUUGCAUCAGAGAAAACACCCAAGUCUUGUGAAUUUUCAGGGUGGUUGAGGGAAAAAAUUGCAUGCGAGAGUGAGGCAAGAAGGCUGAGAAGAAGCUAACCUGUCAGAAAGCAGCAACUUUGCCUUCAGUUUCACAAGGGGUAGCACAUUUAAAAGCAGAAUUGUUUCUCUUCAAUAUUUGCAUUGUUUUAAUGCUAUGGAUCAAAAGGCCACAGAAACAAUCUUUUCCUGUUCUAAGCAAUGACAAGCACUUUACUUUCAUAGUAUUUUUUCCUUCUCCAGUUGCUGUAUAACCUCUUUGGAAUUAUUCCUGGAGCAAGAAGAGGUUGUUUUUAAUGUUUGUUUUUUGUAGAUUUCUUGACAGUGCUGUUCUGCAGACUGCAAUGCAAUAGGAUAUUUAAAGACACUAUGUGAUUGGUUUGAUUAAGAUGUAUAGUUUUAUUUUUUACCAUGACUGAACAAUCAUUUUAUUUCUUAUGUUAAAACGAGAAAUUACACCAGAAUGAUUAAUUGAUGUGUUUUAUUUAAUAUUUAAAUAAAAAUGUUUUAAAAU